UCAUAAACAAGGACUGGAGCCAGCUGUGGCUACUUUUAUAAAGCUGGCUUGUCCAUAUCACUUUGAGUUGGGUCUAUGCACUUUUUCUCAUCUCCAGCUUCUUCUGGAGCUCCUUGGUAGCUGACAUUAGAAGACAUGGCACAAUCAGGAAUUGUCAUUUUUCUUUGUAUUACUAUGCUGCUACUGGAUCAUUCUAUUGGACAAUCGUCCAAAUUAAAGACCAGGAAGGACCGGAGAUCAAAGGACAAAGAAAAGAAUGGCGAUUUGAAGACACAGAUCGACAAACUAUGGCGUGAAGUUAAUUCCCUCAAGGAAAUGCAAGCACUUCAGACAGUCUGUCUUCGAGGCACGAAAAUUCAUAAAAAGUGCUAUCUGUCAUUCGAGGAAACCAAGCACUUCCAUGAAGCCAAUGAGGACUGCAUAGCAAAAGGAGGAACUCUGGCUAUUCCCAGAGAUGCAGAGGAGAACAACGCCCUUCGCGACUACGGAAAAAGGAGUCUUCAGGGGGCAGGGGAGUUCUGGUUAGGCAUCAAUGACAUGGUGAAUGAGGGCAAGUUUGUGGAUGUUAAUGGAAUCGCUAUCACAUACUUUAAUUGGGAUCGUCAACCAAAUGGAGGAAAGCGCAAAAACUGUGCCCUCCUAAUUCAGGCUUCCCAAGGAAAAUGGAUCGAUGAAGUGUGUCGCAGUCUAAAGAAAUAUAUUUGUGAAUUUAUUAUCCCUUAAAGAACUAUUUAUGCAUUAGAUACUCUUUAUGGUAAAAAUGAAUGAGGAUCUAUUAGACAGCACAGAAUAUAGAUGCAGUUGUUAUAGGGACGUUAAAAUAAAAAAAAUGUAUAGUAUGCACAUGAAAGAGCACUAUUUAACAUAUUAAUGUUGUAUAUGAAUAAAGAUUAAAGGGACCUAAAAGACAAUUUUAAACUUUUGUGAUUUAAAAAGAGUGAGCAAUUUUAAAAAUGGUUCCAGUCUACUUUUCUAAUCAAAUGUAUUUCUUUCUCUUAGUCUCCUUUGUUAAAAAAAUGGAUCCUUUCCAUUAAAGCAUAUCUAAGUAGGCUUGUGAGUAUGCAGUGGCUUGAGAACUAUAAGGCAGCUGUUUUUUAACAAUAUUUGUAAGAAUGUUUUACAAAAAUAGCUCAAGAAACAAGCACAUGCACAAACCUAUCUAGAUAUGUUCUUAUGGAAAGAAGCUCAGUUUCAACAUUAGACGUAAAAUGGAACAUUUUUAAAAUUAAACGCUCCAUCCGAAUCUUAAAGGGACACUGAACCCAAUUUUUUUUCUUUCAUGAUUCAGAUAGAGCAUGCAAUUUUAAGUAACUUUCUAAUUUACUCCUAUUAGCAAAUUUCCUUCAUUCUCUUGGUAUCGUUAUUUGAAAAGCAAGAAUGUAAGUUUAGAUGCCGGGCCAUUUUUGGGGAACAACCUGGGUUGUUCUUGCUGAUUGGUGGAUAAAUUAACCUACCAAUAAACAAGUGCUGUCCAGAGGUCUGAACCAAAAGUUGGCUGGCUCCUUAGCUUAGAUGCCUUCUUUUUCAAAUAAACAUAGCAAGAGCACAAAGA